UUUACAAUUAUGACCUUUGGAGUUCUUACGAAGACUUCCGAUUUGCCUGCGGAUUAUUUAUCCGUAGUGGUUCUAAAACUUCUAUUAGUACUGUGCUAAAACUCCAAUACUGCUUGCAGCUUGCAUUUUCUUUUACAACAUUUUAAAGGCAUUUGCUUGCCGGCUCGGAGCUCUGCUUCCACGGAGACACUAGACUAGACAACAACUUUCCUAGUGGAGCAGUAAUGUUGUGCGCAAGAAACUGUUGUACUCUCCCAGACAAAAAAGUCCCAGAGAAGCCUUUUACCGUUAAAGAUACUCCAGAUGGUUUACGUACCGGUUACUUAUACCAUCAUGCCACACCACACACACACACACACACCAGCAAACCAAACAUCCCAAUGUCAAUGAAUGCAAAAGGUGUGCUCGCGGUGGUACGAGCGACCAAGAGAAAGGACGAACCGAAAAAGUGUAGUGCUUUUGGAGAAGCAGCAUGCUUUCAAAAAAGGACACGCAAUCCUCCCACACCGACCGGGUGCAAGAGAGCAAGCGAGAGAACGUUACCUUUGUGAGGGAGUUUUAGCGAUCGCGUGAGCGCACGAGAGCAGCCGAGAGAUCCAGAAUCCUGGCAAGGACGAACGGGCUGAUGGCUGGUUGUGGAUUUGCACUCGAGAAACAGCAGUUAGUCUUCAGUCAGUUUUCCCACCGGUCGUAUGUGCGGUACGCGUUUCGCAGGCCAACAUCGCCUAUCGGUCAAUCUCUGUCACUCUGUUAUCUUCUGUACCACAAGCAAACUAUCCCCCCACCACCCCCAACUUUUCUCAUCGUCAUCAUCAUCUCAUCCCGAAAUAGACUACGGUACGGUUACGGUGGCUUUGUCCUUUAUUCUACAAAAUCCCUAGUGUUUGUGCCACCCCCUUAUGGGUGGCGUCGUCUUAUUGUGCAGUGCAAUGUGACCACGCCGCCAGUGUAGUAAGAAUAUUCCGCGUAGAAAGUGCAUUCCGUGUGUGUCAGUGUAUUGGAAGCGUGCAGACGUACUUGUGUCUAUCCAUUUACUACCAACUACAAUAAAACCGCCUGCUGUAUCUGUGUCGUGAAUGUUUUUUGUGCUAGUGUCUAUUUCUCUCCCAUUUUGUGCAGUGUGGUUGCUAAGAUACGAACUAGAAUAAGUGUUGUCUCUACGUGCAAUAGCCGGGAAGUGCUCGUUAUAAGUAGUGCUGCUUUAAUGGUUCGCACCGUUGCUUCUGGGCGAUACUGUGUGCGCGUGUGUUAGAUGUGACAAGAAUAUAAUUAUUGAAGCUUUUUUUCCCUCCCAUCUCCCGCCUGUUCCCGAGACAAGGGAAAGAGCUUGGGAAAAGUGUGAACAUACGCUAUUGCUAAGGAUUAACUAAGCACGGAACCGAAGGAUUCUCGACCGAAGGGCUACCUACACCAGCUUCUGUGCCCGGGAAACGCGCCGUACAUCACAUGGAGUAAAGUUUUUGUUAGCCAAGAGCCGCACCCGUGUCACUGAUCUGGGAAUGGGAAUUGUUCGAACGUGAAGCAAUCGACACAUUCUUACGUAACUGAUGAAGUAAGCACAAAACUAACACCGAGGCAGGUUUCUCGGUUGGAAGAAAUUAUUUACCUUCAAGUGCGAUCGUAUACAUGGAAUGCUGCAAAAUGAACUUCAGAAGAGAUACAACCAUCAACCAAAAUAAAUCAUUCGAGUGAAGAACAAAAACAACACAAGUGACGGCCGGUUUGGAAGGUACGUGGAAAAUUAUGGAAAGUGGAAACUGUCCUGCGCUUUUCAUAUUUGGAAGGUUACAUCGGAAUCUGUACAAUUGAAAACGUACAGAGAAAAUACUGGGAAGACACGUGUAUUUAAAAAUAUUUCCUCGUUCAUAUCUUCGGAUAGUGUUACUAUUACUACAAGGAAAAGUGCGUCAUCGAGUGCAAAAAUGUGAGUGAAAAUGCAAAAGUUCAAGCAGCCGCUGCUCAAUAAGCGUUGAAGAGAAUGGGUAUGGGUUUUCCCAUCCAACCAAAAGGCAGCACUCCGCCAUCGAAGCGAAAUCCACAAAAUUAGUGCAAAGUCAGUGUUAAAUAUGCCGACAGUGAAAAACCCACUCACGAUGGCGCGGAGCAACUGAUAAAUUGGAAGGGCAAGAAAAAAAGCAAGCGUAAAAAGCCACCGAUGAUGGAAAGCGUCCGCGUAGUGUUGCGACAUUGCAAAAAAGGUAUUUGGGGAAAAUUAAUGAUGUCCGGUGACGAAAAACAAAAGCAGUGAUUUUUUGGGGUGGAGGUGUAGGAUUUCCCCGGGUGUAAGUGUCCGGAAAAGUGUUCGGAAGGCAUAGAGCAAACAAUGGCCUUAUUUUCGUAGAAUGAAAGAUGUGAGCGCGUUGGGUUGAAACGUCUUCGAGCGAGAUAGUAAAAGGUGCUGAUUAUUUCCCAAUAGUCGGUCAAAUGCUUGCGUGUGUGUGUGUGAGUGAGGGAGUGGAAAAUGUAGCCAAGUGGGUGUUGAUUAUGUGACAGUGAAAUAAAUCGUACAUGCUAACCGAAGUGAAGUUGAUUGGAAAUCACCGAUAAAAAGCAAACAAGCCACCAAACACGGUCCCAGAUAUCUUGGGUCUGCUGUUCUGAUGUUUUGAGUGAGCCCUGUCCGGCAUGUGAGUGUGUGUGUGUGUGCGUUCAUUUGUUCAUAUGUGCGACAGAUCAAUUGUGUAAACGUGCAAGAAGUUGUUGCGUACCAACGCCACGGGCGGGCCAAACAACAACAACAAAAAAAACGAGUGAAACGAUCUGAAGUGUACGACAGAAAAGCAAUUUCCCGUAAGACAAGGGAAGGACAUCCUUACUGCUUGUUGCUAGCCUACAGCAGUCUCCGAAUACCUUACCGGCCAGCCUCAUCUAGACAGCACGAACCUAACAGCAUUCUAGCGAUAACAACAGGUGACAGCAACGCCACGCAACGGUACCAACCGGUGAACAACACAACUUCAACAUUGUCUGCAGUGGUAACGCAACGGCCAAUGUCCUUUCCAGCCGAUCCUUUUCUAAACGAACCUUCCCGUCCUAAUUACCACUCAAAAAACGAAAGAUCGCACAAUCACCUAUACGCUACCGGGUACCGGUUAAACAGUACUCAAUCUCAUCAACUAAAAACAAAAUUCGUGGGAAAAAUUAAUUUCAAACACUAGACAAAAAAACAUACCAUAUCGAACACGGUGCGCUCCAUCGAAACCGAGCCAUUUUAUAAGACGGUUAGGCAUUGCCCCCCAAAAAAAAAACCAAAAAGUCAUCGUGCAAAACGGGAAUGUAUUAGUAUGUAUUACUGAGUGGGAGUGAUUUCUACCUAAGCUCUGUGUAUGGUUUAUUGAAAAUGCAACAAACAAAGAACGAUUUGAGAUAGGGAAUUGAAGGACGUAAAAACGCUAUACGCUUGGUAAACAUUUACACGAUCAAAAAAAAAAAAAACGAUUUCACUGCAAGAAAAGAAUACCAAUUUACCAGUGUGAAUGUGGUCCCCCGCCCUCCUUUUCGGAAUUGAGAAAAAAAACACGGUACAGGAAUCUUAUAUUUUGUAGCUUCUUUUUCCACUGCUAAGCGUCCGGGUUAAAAACAAAAGGUUAAAAAAAGGCAAGACUAUUUUGCACUAAUUUUUUAUACAACGUUACGAAGUGAAACAAACGGUUGUCCACUAAUACGGACGCACGUUAAAAUUAGUUACCAACACCAUUUUACCGUACACCUCCAGGUUUUGUACGAACCCACAAAAAACACAUAUAAACAACAACCAACAAAAUAAAAAAAAGCAAUCGCAUACGCUUCUUGAGAUAUAUGUUUUUUUUUUACAAACGUACAAGUUUUUGAUAUUCGUUCAUUAUUUGCUACACAAUUUAUAUUGUAAUAAACUGUCGAUACGGGGUCGGUAGAGGCAACCAAAUAAGAAAUAUAAACAGGACAAUAUGAGCAGAAUUGGAAUUGCAUCACAGUGGAACCGGCAACCGGAAGGUGAAACAAUCGUACGGUUGUGGUAGUACUUUUUAGUUAGAAGAGAUAUGCGAAUCACCAACGGGCGUUACAAGGCCGACGUUACAAGCGUUACAGUAUUGACGUAGAGACACAACGUAACGUUACUCCCGUCGCAUCACAAAACGCUAACGACUCGAAUGCGAUUAAAAACACGAACGAUUGCGCAGUCCGUUGCAAUUGUGCUUAGCUAGCAGUGAGAACGGCUGGAGUCACAUUUUAUUGAUGAAUGUUUGUAAGGGCGUAGCAACCAAAAAAAAACUUCCGAAACCAUUGCAGCAACUAGCGGUGCAGACGUACCUUUACCAAGCUAAAAAAACAAAAACAAAGGGCAAUGCAGGAUGUGACUAAUACAAAUAAUUAUUCUUAGAGCAGCGAAAGAUUAGGUAUUAAUGACACACAGACAGCGUUCGAGUGACAAACAAGUGAAAGCAAAAAGGUGAAAGAACAAACCGUAAAUGCACUGUUUCGAAUGCACGUGGCCGUCGUACCGUUGACAUGCGUUAAGCGUCAUGCGUCCAGCCGAGUAUGAUCGCGUGUUGGCAUUCGCAAGUUUCGAAUUGAUUGAUGGGUGUUAGGUUUCCUGUUCGGUACAUGUGAUUAGGUUGACAUUUGGACAACAACACAAAACACACAAUCAGAAGCGGUAAAGGAAUGUGGCGAACAAAGGAAGGGCUGCUUCCCGAAGACACAAAAGAAAACUAAACCAACUUCACGUACGAUAUAAACAUAUAAGAUAACCGAAUGAUAGAAUCUACCGAUGUUUGUUGUUGAUAGGCAAAAGCAAAAACAAAAACUCCCCAUGCCGAAUCGAAUCGAUUUUUUGGACGCACUUUCAAUUCGCAUGGUUCUGCAAACAUAUUUUUAAAAGCAGUGACACAAAACAAAGAACCGAGUAAUCAGCAAACACGAGCGAUCGGAACAGCGAUCGAGCAGGAUAAUGCGUGAACUUAUUGUUGUACCAUGUUGCAUUUUGUAAGCAGAUCGAUCGCGUAAAACAGAGAAAAAAAACCAAGUUAGCGGAAAACAAAAAAUCAUUUAUCUAGCGAACAAAAGGCGAACAAACCGUUGCAUGUCAUUAUUAUUAUUAUCAUGUUGGUAUCGCUCCGGAACGGUUUGUCACACUUUUGGUAAUUGUUUUAUACGAACAGCAACCGGUGUUGGUUGAACAGCUUUAGGUUAGCGUUAUGAUGCGAUCGUAGGGAGAAAGAGAGAGAAAGAAAGAGGAGAAGGAGAAGGAGGAAAAAAGAUUAAAAUUAUCCGAAUUGUAAAAGCUCGAAUCGAAGGAAGACGAUUUAUUUUGCUAUUUUAUAGCAUUUUGUUUUUCUUGUCCACUUGUCAGUCUUUCUGACACUGGAAUGCAACCACACACACACACACAUACACCAUGAUGUUCUACCCUGCACUGUACCGUAAGCUAUGCUGUGCAUGUGUAUAGAAACUACCCCCGAAACUAAUCACUAAAGGUAGGCUAAAUGUUGUAGUAAAAAAAAGCAAGUGAAAACAACCAAAUUGAUGGAAAAAUAUAACGUAUACUUAAUGUAAGCUGCAUGCAAAACGUAGCGGGCUUAAAACUACCGACGAACGCAGGUAUCGUACAACCCUGAAAUCGUGUUUGUGUUUUUUUUUAUUAUCGUUUACUCCUACGAAAAAGCUUUGACUGUGAGUGUGUGUGUGUCUGUUGUUUAGAGGCGAAAAGUAAAUAAAAAAAAAUAACUAAAUACUGUACUGUGAAAUUUACCAAAUUCUCGCCCAAAUUAGUCACUUUGACUCUCUCUCUCUCCUUCUCAUUUACAAACACACACACACACUUUGUCCUUUUCUUCCGGUGCCCUUUACAUCUAGCGCUUUAUACAGCGAAGAAAGGGAUUUUGCAUAGGGGAUAAUCCUCAAACAGAGGGCUCACAACUACGUACGCUUUUCGUGUAACACAUCAUUCAAGCACACUUGUAACAAAACCCACUCGAUAGUCCCUACGGUAGUAUAUGUACUGUUAACUAAGUUACUAGCUAGACAAAGUGACGGGUGAGCAAGAUUUUUUUCUUACUCCCAUAUUGCGAUAUAAAUACAUCACACAACACGAAAAAAAAACAAGGCACAAGAAUACACGAAAUCUGUCACACACGAUAAUACGACAAAAAAAAACAAACCCACACACACACACACACACACUAGUGCAAGAUACUUAAGUCAACAUCCCAGCACCUAGUGCACCGAAUAAGCAUUUUUUGAUAACUGUCUACAGAGAAGGAAGUAACAAAGCAAAUAAGGGAUAAAGCGUUCGUGCGCCUCGAUGUGUAAUUGUGUGUUUUGUGUAGCCAUAUGCUCCUUGCGGCAACAAUCUUAAAGGAUAAGCGUAACAUUGCGUCAGUGUCAAGUAGUAGUACUCGUUGUAAGUGUCUUGCUGGAGCUAAUCAAUCGCCAAAAAAGCAGAGAAAAGGCAGGAAAACCGAUACCGUCUUACAACCACCCCCCGCACAACGUGGUGGUGGUGUGGCUUGGCUUCAUAUUGCCGUGCCCUCUGUAGCGUAUGAACGAGUUGCAUACCGUAUUGUUGUAAGCGUAUAGGUGGUUUACUCACUGUGCUAGUAUCUAACAAAAAAAAACAAAACCCCCCAAACCAUCCUAUCUCGAUCGUCAUACUAUUCCCAUAUCCCACUUGUCAGCUGUUACAACAAACAAAAAAACCCCCGGAAGCAAAACAAUAGCAAAAAUACUGUUUGCGAAAGCUGUGUAAAGCGUCCCACCACAAGAAGUAGGCUAGCCGAAACCAAUCUACAAGCGAAGAAGUGACAUUGGCCGCCGCUCGUCGUACGCUUGUUUGAUCCGCUUUGCGGGUCAAUUAGCUGCGAAAUCAACACCAAACCACCUGGUUGCAGGUAGCACAAGCUUCUUUAGCCCAUCUCGUCAGCCACACCAUUCGUCGCCGUCGUUAUUAUUGCUGUUAUCAUUGUUGUUGUUAUCACUGUUUGUUGUUAUUGUUGUGGAUGCGACACUGCGCCAUCGUUGUCGCCGUCGUUGUCGGUGUGGUGGUGUUAUGCAGCAGUAGCCGUAGCAAUAGUAUCCUCUACUGAAGAAAGAAAAAACAAAGAAACCCCCUCGCAAAAUACCGACCGUAAGAACGCAAGCGCAAGAUGUAUGCAGCAGCAGGUGGCGCCUCGCUGGCGUCACGCCAGGCCCGCAAAAAGCAGGCCCAGCAGAACACGAAAAACAAGGCCACCAAUCAGCAGAUACUGCGGGAGAAGCUGGCGGCGAAGGCGGCCACAACACCGACGAAGAGUAAACACUUCCACCAGCUGCCGGCGUCCUAUCUGCGGGCACCUCAUCAGCACCAUCGGAAGCUGAGUGCGGGCUACACCAGCAUACCGGGCUCGGAUCAGCAGCAUCCGCACCAUAAGUUCGGUGAGCAACCGUGCACAUCCUACACCGGUGUACCGGGUGGCCAUGGUCAUGGGCCACACUUAGGUGGGCCGGGACAUGCUCACCACCAUCAUCACCAUCACCAUGGUGUACCGGGUGGAGUGACACAUCCGUGCCAUCUGCAUGGGGCCGGACCGUCCGGACAUCCGCCCGCGUCCGGUGCGUCCUUUCCACCGAUGCCCAAACCGACCGGGUUCCGCGAGUACGACAAGCUGGUACGCCGCCAGCAGCUUACGAAGUCUGCCACCGCCACCUUGCCGCUGGUUUCCCAGGCCCAGCAGGAUCUUACACCACCGCAAACGCCAACGCUUGGGUUUGGAGAUUCGGCCGGCACUGAACCCCACGCCGGUCACCACCAUCACCACCAUCAGCAACUGCUGCUGUUGCAGCAACAGCAACAUCCCCAUCACGCUCACUCACAACAGCAUCUCGAUAAGGUAGGCCUCGCCGGUCAGGAAGAGGGCGAAAGUGGGCUCACGCAACCACUGACACUGCAGAUACCGAAUGAUCCGAUCAUCAUUACUCCUGCCACACCGCAGGCUACACCUCCGGGGCGACUUGGUCUAAAGCCGCUCGUCCUGACCGACGACGAGGAGGUACAUCCGCUGACGAGUCCAACGCCCGGUGCACUCGAGCGCAAGUGCAGCGUGUACCGGGGUCGAAAGCUUGACCCGUUCGAGGAGCAGUUCUACAACGCGACGACAAUAACCAACGCACAGCAUCAGCACCAUCAGUACCAUCCGGACGAUGUGUUCUUCCCGCCGGCGACCGGCAGCGUACCGAAUGGGGGUGGUGGUCACUCCACGACAACUACCACGCCCGGACACCAACAGCUGCCCAAAUGGGACUCCGAGUACUACUGCUGCGAGUGUGACCACCGCCAGUACGGUGUGUGUACCUGUGAUCAGUUCGAGUGUGCCCAAGGUCGUGCAGCAUGGUUAGAAAGAGGAAGACGUUGCAGCGUACAGGAAACACCCGCCUCUUGCCAUCGACGAUGGGUCAAACGGAAUCGGAUACAAGACUCAUCGUUAGGUGGCUCCUCGGACGAUGAAGACCUGCUCGGCGUACUCAGAGGACCCAGUUCAUUCGCCAAUGCCUUCCUAUACGUAGGUUUAGGUACCAUAGCAAUCGGUUUAGUGAUAGCAUUCGUCGGUACCGGCGAGAAAGGAUUCAAAACGGUUGAACUAAGACUAAUCGGACCAUCGUUAAUUGGUCUCGGCUUAUUUUGUUGUAUAUUACGUAUCCUGUUUUGUAUAUGCCCAUCCCAUUGUAUAUCAUCUAGUCGUAGAGCGCGAGAUAAGAAAAACGCCAAGAUAGACGCAGAUCAUAGAACUUCCCUGUUACGAGGCGACAGUAAACGAGUAUCGAUAGCACGCGGACCUCACAUACCGACUAAACAGCCUCAAAUCUAUCCUAAAUCCAUCGUAAAAACCAAAACCUACGAAGGUGUGGAGGCACUGCGGCAGAUCGCGACCACGUCACUCUUUCUGCAGAAUGAGCAAAAGGUGUCAUCGAACCGAAUCGUUCCUAUUAUCAAAGAACCGGAAAAGCUGGAAGAACCACCUUUAGAGUUGAAGAAGAUUGAACCACGACGGAAUGAGGGCGCGAUCGUGAGCAUAUCGGACGGUGAGGAGGACACGCAUCGACGGCAAGCGGCCACCCAAGCGUCCGACACGCAGGUAAUAGAUCUUACCGGCGAAGACCAAGACGAGGAACAAUCCCAUUCACCCAGCAGUGGCACUAGCCACCAGCGCAAGGACAGCAAAUUGCGCCGCCAGCGAACGUCCGUGCACCAGCAGAAACCGGCUAGAGAGUUGCAGAACUCCGCGUACGGUGCGAGCAAUACGAUGAUGCCCAGCGAACCUCCGAAUCUGCUGAUGGAAACAUCGCUUAUGAUCAUAGGCCCUACGCCACUGAGCUCACCGACAAAGGGAACGGCCGUAACGGCAACCCCACCGACCAUCCCCGGUGGUACAUCCUCAUCACUCACCGUUCCGACGAUGUCGGCGAACGGGUCGGCCGUGCACGGUACGCUACAGUCGAGCAAAAUGGCCGCCCCCGGUACGAGCACAGCGCCGGGCAAUCUGCUCACAUUGCCGACCGCCGUCAGCUCGAUGACCGGCACGGUAGGGCCAACGGUUAGCUUUGCCGGUAGCACACCGCUGCCGGGUCAACUUUCGCCACUGCCCUCGACGUCGUACCUUUCGUCGUCGGUUGCCGGUGGUUACCACCGAUCGUCGGCCACUUCCUCACCGCUGCCCGGUUUCAUACCGUCCGUUUCGCCGCACUAUCACAGCAACAGCAGCAGCAGCAGUAGCAACUACAUCUUUUCGCCACCGCCUUUCACGCAACACGAGCCAAACACGCUAGGAACCAAUACGAUCACUACGGCGGCCUCCACACUGCUGCACGCAUCGUCGUCAGUGAACACCACCAAAACCGAACCGGAACUAGUGUUAAGUCCAGCGAAGUUAGGACAGUAGAUUAUGAUGAAACAAAAUCCCUUCUCUCCCUAAAUCCUACUAGCGUGUACGUAGAGACUUCUCCUAUCCGGCCUCCGAUAGACUUAUACAACUCCCUCCCCCUUUAGUAGAGGAAACUGGGCGCGAUUCAGUGAAUAGAGGAUACGGUACCAAAAACCAGAGAGGUCUCACAUCCGUACAGAGAUAUUCAAAACUGGAUAUUCUGAUGAGCUAGGGACCGACACAAACACACACACAAAGAAUGCUACUAACAGCAACGGCAAAACCCAAAACCAAGCAAGAGAGAAAGAAAAAAAAAUCGCAAGCAAUGGUUACUUUUCCUUAUAUUAAGCUGCAACGCACUCGGUGAUGUCUAUUGGUUUACCGCGCUUUGACUGCUUUUGAAGUAUUCUUCAUCACGUCAUGGCUUGUUGCUAUGGGGGUAAAAAAAUCAUACUAAUUAAAAUAUUUAAGCAAAACAAAGAGAACAACAAGAGAGAGAAGAAGCAACAAAAAAAAACAUGUCUAGUGUCUAGCUCUACAUAUCGCCAUCGGAUUGUGUAAAAGAAAUGUAUUGACAAAGUAUAUAUAUAUUUUUAAUGUGUAAAUUUGAGCAACUUCUCCUGGCAGCCUUCUCUCACACCACACACAAACAAAUAGUAAAAAAAAAACCAUAAUGAAGUAUAAAUUAGCAUUGACAAAAACGGUGUUUCGCUAAAGGCAAAUGCUGGUAAAGCUAAAUUAUCUGAUUGUGUAGACAAGGACGUCUACUUCGAACACCAAAAUUCUUGGCUAACUAAGCGCAAAACACGCUUAUCAUCGAGAGUUGAAAGGUUGAGAGGUUAUUUGGGAUUGGCCACAGUAAACGAAAUACUUCCACGGAACAGUUAAGCAGAACCAACCGAACUCUUUUUCUGUGUUUUGCUACCGUAAACGCUUUAAGUUAGCAAAUUCUAUAUGCUCGUAUGAAGCUUUUUUUUCCACUUCUGGUCCUCUUUUCCUUCGCCCAUCCGUAUCCAACCGACAAACAACUUCCAAACACUCGUUAAAUGUCUAUUAGCGGUAAUCAAUAAAAUCAGAAUAACAGAAACACACAAAAAAACCCCCCAUCAUAAAGAAUGUCAUGUCCUGGCAAGUAGGACACACCCGUAGAAUGCUUCUUAAUCCGACAGCGUAGAGAGACAGAGAGAGAGAGAGAGUGAGAGAAAAACGCGAAACAGUUGCAAUUGCUGCAAGCACGCUUCAGCAGCAGUGCUUCCGGCGUUGUACAGUUUUGUUUCCACAGAUGAUUCUAUAAUGUACCCGUUACGUUCCGAUGCACAGUAGAAGUUGAUUAUAAAUUUGUUGAAACAAUUUAAAAAGGAUUUUAUCAGAGCGAAUAAUCUAUUGCAUUGUUAACUAAGUUUAGAAACCUUUAUUCAACCCAUUCCAGCAGGAUGACCCCUUAGCCACUUAGGGAGGUGCAUAGAGUGAAAGAAUGGUGCAAGAUCACUCAGUAAGAAAACAGCGUAUAAAUGAAGAAUGUUUGCAAAUGUUUAUGACAAAAACUAGAAGGAAGAAGGAAGAAGGAAACAGACGAAACAAAUCAAAAUUCGCACAACAAGCAAGCGACGACCGUGGAGAUCAUGAAUCGAUAGUGAUCAUUGUACUUGAAAGUAAAAGGCAGAACCGAGAACUAUUCCGGAUCACCAUCAGUAAGGUGAGAAGUAUGAAAUGAAUAAUUUUUCUCUCCUAGAUUUCAGCUUCAGAUUUCAUUGUCAGGUAUAGGUUUAACGUUACUUGUUAUUGUAUGAAGGAUUAAUUCGACCCCGCCAACAAUACUGCUAAACAUCGUAAACCGAACAAACGUAACUAUGGUGCGAUCAACUCAUGUACAUAAGCGCUUAGCUUCCGAAUGGGGCGAGAAAUCAAAAUCAAAAUUCAACCAACUAAUUGCCCGCUGGACGAGUCGCAAAUAGAUGUGUAAAUUCUUCAUUCCAACCCGAUACAGACAAGACCGUAGUGAUUAAAAAUUAGUUUUAGCUUGUUUCGUGCAGUUUAUUCCUUUCCAACACGCGACAGACAAGCGGUUGAUACUUCAUUCCGGUCCGACGCUUGAGAAGUGUAGAAGUGUUUAUAAACUAUCGGAGUGCAAAAGUAUCAUCCGAGCAAACCUGUUUCGCUCUGGGGCAGAGUUAACAGAGUGAUUUAAUCGGAAAUGAAAAAAAAGUUGAGUUGAGUCAAAAACUCACAAACAAAAGAUUUGUUAGAGCCAUUACACAGCAAACGGGAUAGAAAGGAACAAAAAGAACCAUAAUUUGCAAUAAGAAAAAAGAAAUCGUAAUAUUUGGCAAUGUAUUUUUGUUUUUUGGUUCUAUAAACCAUUCGAUAAACCGCAAGAGAAACAACAAACAAUGCCCUUCGUAUGAACGAAUAAAUCCAUUUAAAAAAAACAGACCAAUGUGCAACGGUAGAGAGAUAAAAAAAAUCCCCCUAAUAUGGCAGGCCAAAGCAACAUGAAUAAAAGAAAACUGUUGCCUAAUGCUACUCAAAAACAACCAACAUCAACAUGUAAACAGGAAUAGUUUACGCUCCUUCAUACAGCAAACAGUACAGCAAAAAUUCAGUUCAAAAGCUACAAAGAGAAAACAAAAAACGGAAAUCUAGACCGAUCUCACCAGUCAGUAAAAAACCCAAAUCUAGCAGCCUGUUGCUCAGAUGGUUAGAUCAUGAAGAAGAAGAAGCAGUAAAACAUACAAACCGCGAUGAAAACAAUGCAAUGUAAACGCAUCAUAAAAGAUGGCCAUGCAUAUAGUGAUGUAAAACUACACUCUCUAGUGCUGGCGCGAAGAAACUGAACUGAAAUUAAUCGAUGAACAACAAGAAGAAAAAAAACAUUACAAAACACAUAACAAACACAUGACAAACACACUGCAAAAAAAACCAAAAGAAUAAACGUGUAGGCUAACACAGGCAACAUGGAUGGUAUGUGGCAAUCUGAGCAUUAAUAAAUGUGAAGCGCGAUACAGAGAGAAUGUGAGGGAGAUGUUAAUAAGAAAA